AUGCUCGACGGGAAGGUAUGCCUUCAUUCGACAACCAGGCCCCGACUUCCAACUGCUCCUGAACUGACACAUCGACCGUUGAAAGAUGCCCCCGUGAUCCUCGAGCUCAUCCAGGCCCUCGCCGCCUACGAAAGGGAGCCUGAUGCCGUCGAGGCCACCGUCGAGUCACUCGAGAGGACAAUUGCCUUUGCCCCGUCCGAUUCAACCGGCAACGACGCCACGGUCCCCAACACCGAACCCAUCACUCCUGACCGACCAUCCCGCUGUUUGCUGCUAUUCUCCCCCGAGGGCAAAGCCGUCGGAAUGGCACUGUAUUACUACAGCUACAGCACGUGGCGAUCCAAGGCUGGCAUCUACCUAGAGGAUCUUUUCGUCCAGCCUUCUGAGCGUGGGCGAGGGUACGGCAAGAGACUGUUGGUCGAGCUGGCGAAGCAGGUUGUUGCCAUGAAAGGCGGAAGGCUCGAAUGGGUCGUACUCAAGUGGAACGAGCCCAGCAUCAAGUUCUAUGAGAGCCUCGGAGCGCAGGCGUUGGACGAGUGGGUUGGCAUGCGUGUUGACGGAGAGAGAUUGGAGAAGUUGGCACAUUCUUUGGACCAGGCUUGA